AUGGCGGCAGCCGAAAGUGGGACACCUUCCAAACCCCCACAUGAGACGAAAAAUGUCAACACUGUCAUUGGUAGAGAUGUUGAAGAAGUGACACUCUCAUAUCGUCCCAGCAGAUGGCAGAGUAAUAUCACCAUCAUCAGUUGUUAUAUCGCCAACUUUAGCGAUGGCUUUCAAAACACCCUCGCCAAUCCCACAAAUGUUAUUUUCAAGCAGGUGCUUGGAGCUGAUGGAUUUUCUUCCGAUAUGAAGACUCGCAUGAGCAACUCAGUCAUCGUCGGAGCCAUCCUUGGUGUUGUUGUUUUCGGAUACACCUCUGAUAUGUUUUCACGACGCGCCGGAUUACUCUUCACAUCCUCCCUGGUCGCAAUCGGUACCUUGAUGGCGGCACUGACUCUACAGAUGCAUCCCUCGAGUAACAUGCUGUGGUAUUUUGUUGUAGUUCGUGGAAUUGCCGGAUUUGGUGUUGGAGGUGAAUACCCUCCUAGUGCCGCUGCUGGCAUUGAAGAAUCGGACUGGACUAUGCGCAAAUACAGAGGGCCAAUGUUUGUGUCCUUUACGACUUUGAUGGCCACACUAGCGGGUCCAAUUUUGAUGAUAAUCUAUUUGAUCACACUCAUUGCCACGGACAAUAACCUUGUUAUCGCCUUUCACGCCAUUUACUCCAUUGCCACUCUCCUCCCGGUCUCAAUUAUCGUUUUGAGACUGUUCAUGGUGGACUCGUCUCUAUUCCACUACUCCAAUUUCAAGCGGCAGCGGAAGUCAUGGCGCCUUUGCCUCCUUCUUGCACGGCGUUAUUGGUGGAGGCUAUUGACUACAUCGCUAGCCUUCUUUUUGUAUGAUUUCAUUAAUUUCCCCAACAACAUAAUGUCCAGCACGAUCAUCUCCUCUUUGGUUACAGAUCACAAUGUUCAGACAACAGCUAUUUGGCAGGUUGUUUUGGCCGCCCUGCCAGUUCCCGGCGUUGUGUUGGGGGCCUGGCUUACCAAUGCGAUUGGACGUCGCUGGACUGGAAUUUUGGGCUUCGCUGGAUAUGUUGUGCUUGGUUUCGUUAUCGGUGGCACAUACACGAAGCUUUCUCAAAACAUCGCGGCCUUCGUUGUUCUGUAUGGCCUGUUGCAAGCAUUUGGCCAUAUGGGACCCGGUGCUACCAUUGGGCUUAUAUCUUCUGAGUCUUUUCCCACUGCCAUGCGGUCUACGGGAUAUAGUGUCGCGACAGCUUUUGGUAGAACGGGUGCUGCCGACCGUGCUGGUAACAGCUCCACCUUUUACUUGGCUGGUGGUGUCGCUAUCCUCGGCAUGAUGGUAUACUACUUGUUGCCUGAAAGUAGAGAUUUGGAUUUGAAGAAAGAAGAUAAGGAGCUGAACGAAUAUCUUACGCAGCACGGAUUUACGACUGAUGGGAAAGAGUGUUUGUGA